UCUCUCUCUCUCUCUCUCUCUCGUGGCGAGCUUCAUUCACCUCGAUGGCUGGGUCGGGAGAGGCAGGCCUGCGGCCGGUGAGGGAGGAGGAACUGGAGGAGGUAAGGGAGAGGCUGGCCCGGCAACUCCCUCACUCCAUUGUUGUGCACGGCGCUGUGUCCCUGGCCAAGCGCUAUGGCCUCCACACCCUGCGUCCUGCCUCCAUCCUAGUGCCGGCCUGCCCUCAGCCUUCCUGCCUCACCGUCAUCACCAACCCGACCUCUAGCGCCAUGCAGACCCUGGUGGUGUUCUGGAAUCCUGAGGAGGACACAGCGAGGGACGUGAUGGACCAGCUCUCGCGGCUCGCUGUCCUAGACUGGAGUCAACCCGUGCACUUCAUAGCAAUCCCCACGGCCUUAUUGGACUCAAUUGAGGCCGUGGGCAGUGUAGGAAGCCAAAGAGUGAGAUACUCCAGGCAAUAUCCCGUGCAUAUCUACACGCUACAGACGGCAAGGACACAGGACGAGGGGUUGCCCCCUGAGUACGUCAUGGCCAGCCUCAAGGGGUCGGAUGCAACUACAGUCUGGACACGGUGGUCAUUGAACGCCUUCGACUCCCUGGCAAGCACCAAACACAUCAUCACCUCCUUCCCUUCCGUCGGCGUUUACAAGCGUGAACCCUCGGAGCCCCAUCAGACCAAACAGUCCACAAACAACCCCGGCUCACUGGAAGAAGGGGCAGAGAGGACGCUGGUGUCGUGGACCCUCUUAUUCAAGCUUGGGUGGAUAGGUCACACUUUCACGCUACCACAACACCGUCGCCGAGGCCUGGCCCGCGCUGCCACCCAGGCCCUGGCACGGCAGCUACAGUUUGAGGGGCUCCUGCCUUACGUGUUGUUAUGGGUCGGUAAUGACAAAUCCAUCAAACUACACGAAGGUCUAGGGUUCCGCCGGCAAUGUGAAGUACACGUUUUGCUGGCAGAGCCUGACCAGUAGGAUAAGAGGAAGGACUUCGCUACAAUAUUCAAGUAGUAAUUAACGGAUAAAUUUGUUAUGGAUACGCACUACUGUAAAUUAACGUUUAACUAAAACGAGUAUAACUAUACAACAGGUGGACUUAUACUAAUUAUAUAACAAUGCCAAGUUUGACAUUGUUGAAUUCUGAGUUUAUAUGUACCUACUUAUAUGCACGUGUGUGUGUGUGUGUGUGUGUGUGUGUGUGUGUGUGUGUGUGUGUGUGUGUGUGUGUGUGUGUGUGUGUGUGUGUGUGUGUGUGUGUGUGUGUGUGUGUGUGUUUACCUAGUUGUAGUUUUACAGGGCCUGGGCUUACCAUAAAUUCCCCCAGGGAGGACUCCCUUUCUGGAUGCCGACUUGAGAGGUGUCAUGAUAACUCCUCGAACCUCCUCCUUAUCAAUUUCUGCAACAUUCACGGUCUCCGUUCUGAUUUUCAUUCUGUGGAACACCAUCUCUCCUCCUCUAAACCUCACCUUCUCUUCCUCACCGAAACACAGGUUUCUGAGGCUACUGACAGCAACCUCUACUCUGUUCCCUCCUACUAUCUCUAUCCUAAAUUUCAAUCCAAAGCUGGAUGUUGCGCCUACGUGCGCAACGACAUCACUUGCUCUCGUGCCCACGACCUUGACUCUUCUGAAUUUUCCACCAUCUGGCUAAGACUUCAUUGUCAUUCUAUUGCUAAAUACAUCUGUGCUGUUUAUCUCUCACCUAACUCUACUAUGUAAAACUCUUUGACUAUUUGAACGCUAAAGUGGAGCGCAUCUUGACCCACUCUCCCUUCGCUGAAAUCUCCAUCUUGGGAGAUUUCAAUGUUCACCACCAGCUUUGGCUUUCAUCCUCUUUCACUGACCAGCCUGGUGAACAAGACUACAACUUUGCUCUCCUCAACGACUUAGAGCAGUUGGUUCAGCACCCUAUUCGUAUUCCCGACCGUCUUGGAGACAGGCCCAACAUUCUAGACCUCUUCCUUACCUCUAAUCCUUCUGCUUACUCUGUCAAACUGUUCUCUCCGUUGGGCUCCUCCGAUCAUAACCUUAUUUCUGUAUCCUGUCCUAUCGCUCCUGUACAUCCUCUGGACCCACCAAGGAGGCGAUGCUUCUGGCAUUUUGCUUCAGCUCGGUGGGACGACCUGAGGAUGUACUUUACCGAUUUCCCGUGGAAUGAUUACUGCUUCCAGGAGAGAGACCCCUCUGUGUGUGCUCUGCGCAUCACAGAGGUGAUUGUCUGUGGAAUGGAGGCAUACAUUCCACGUACUUUCUCUACUCCUCAUGCUAAAAAGCCUUGGUUUAAUCACGCUUGUUCUCGUGCUAUCAAAGAUAGAGAGGCAGCUCACAAGAGGUUCCAGAGCCUUCGAACUCCCACUAACUUUGAUCUAUACAUUUCUGCCCGGAAUCGUGCCAAAUCUAUUCUCCGACUUACCAAAACUUCUUUAUAUAAAUAUGUGGUGCCCCGAGGGCUGCGACACCACUCGUGUCAUCAUCAUCUUCACCGGCAAUAUUUUCCGAUGACAACAGCGGUAUCGACCGCUAAAACACAACACGGACUCCAAGACAUGAUUGUCCCCACACACACUGUUCAUUUACCAACCUAUACACAAUUGCAAUUGCCCAUUAACGCACCCGCUUAUCUCUCUAGGCCAAAACACAAUCAACCGCGGCCAAAACACGAUCAACCGCGGAACAAAAUGUUAUGAAAACAAAGCUGCGUCACCGCGUGACAGCUACACUAGGAUUAAAAUCGACCUUAUUACACAUGUCGGUUAGGUAGAUUAUUGUAUGAGCUCGGUGUGAGUUUGAUGUAUGACUCACACGCCUGACGUAUUACCCUCGCGAUGUCUGUAUGUAUGUCAUGCCUAUAUAAGAAGCAUUUUUUCAGGCUUGACCUCAGAUCAACCAGCACUCUGUUCGUUGCUGGACACUCAGUUGUCCUUCCCUAGACAACAUGGGUAGAACAUUCAUCUUUGCUACUGUGAGUAUGGAGUAAUGUGGUACCAUAGAGGAAAGCGUAUCUAACAUAUCUAUUGUGUUCUAUUAUCUUAGUUUUACUUAGGAUUAUAUUUCUAUGAUACUUUAUUGUGUGAGUUUUUACUCAAUAUUAUACCAGUGUUAACGUCAGUAACCAAUAGUGAAAGAAAACCUGAAGACUCAUUGAGUCUAGUAAGCCAGUCGCUGGUUUAAACAAUAUUUUUACCCUCUGUAAUAUUAAGUAGUAUUAAGGUAGAAUAAAAUACAUAUAAGAAAGGCGACACCGUUUCAUCACCCCAUUUACGAACUCCUUUAAAUACUCCUAAAGUACCAGAAUUUUAAGUCAAGUGUCACUAGUACAAACAGUGUGUCGUCUCCCCUGUGUGACCCGGAUUACGGGUUACAACAUUGGUGUCAGGUGUGGGGUGGUGAAACUUGUGGUGAAACUUGUGGUGAAACUUGUGGUGAAACUUGUGGUAAAACUUGUGGUGAAACUUGCGAUUUAUAUUGGUUUAUAUUGGUAUUGUACUGGUGUAUGUCCACAUCCGAAAGCGAGGGAGAAGACAGUUAUUCUUGGAAUUACGGGAAUAAGACUUUAGAGUUAAAAAUGCCAGACGAAGGCAAGAACCCUCCCCCCACCAAAGGAGAUGGAAAAUCGAUCACCCUUGCCCAUGAUGAUCUUGUCACGCUACUUAGCCGUCAUACCUUGAAUGAUUUAAGUAGAGUGCAGGGACUCUUAUAUUUUUGUGGUGGAGAAGAAAAAAGUAGCAAAGCACCAAACCUCCCAUGCCAUAAGCUAGCAAAGAAAUGGAUAGAGGAUAUUGAUAGCCGGACACAGGCAAAUUGGGACACUACCGGAAAGAUUGAGUUAGCCAAACAAUAUGCCCUGGGAGCAGCGCGCGAUCAUCUCCUCGGUUGUAUCACUAGAUGUGGACAGGAUUGGGAAAAAGUAAAGGAAGACUUCCUACGUGUGUUUCCCACAGUAAGGACCUUUUCGGUCCUCCAGAAAGAAUUGGGAGAGGCAAAACGGCGGACAGGAGAAAACAUCCGCACCUUCCUCAUCCGCCUGGAGACAUUGAGAGACGAGUUGAUCGCUCUCAAGCCUGACAAUGCCAGUUUGCUAACUGAGAUAACCG